GUGCAGUACGUUUCCGAUGUGCUGGAAAGUGACACACGGUGAGCGGAAAAACUGGCUCGGACUUUUGUGUGACCGAUUUUUCGGCUUUGAACAUAAAGCAAGAAGAAUGGUGGUCCCUCUGCAUUCAUGUCGUUCCCUUUUUGAAUAGAAAGGCAAUCUUGGUCGGGUUCCACGAGCUUCCCGGCGUCUCCUGUCGCGAACUCGAGUUCGGUUUUCCGUUUCUUCACUUCGACGUUCGUAUUGGCUGGUUUUAAAACUCAGAGCCCUGGCCUGCCACACAGCAAGAUAUCUGCCUAAGUCGGUGUGUGUUUCGGUCUGCCUGGGGAACGCUGCACAGCCAACUUUGUCUUUUCGUGCCUCUCGCUGGGCACCUGCCAGUUUUUCUUCCGUUCCGCUCCUCUUUCCUCUUUUCGCAAUGUUUUUGCCUGCUGGACAGACGUCGAGCGCUCCGGCGGCCAGCGCCGUCAGAGCUGUGUGGGUUCAACUGAAAACGCAGCGUUUUGGUUCCGCGUUCCUCGAGCAACAUCUGCGGUGUUCAUCCACCCCGGGUAUUGGUCCCGAUGCGUCUGCAACUUUAAAAGCGGAGGAUUCUGUGGAAAAGCGGGCGCCACUUUGCCGUUCCAGCUGGUCAUUGUCUGCGGUUACCGUACCCAAACAUAUCUCUUCGUCGUUUGAAGGAGUGUCCGACUCCUCGCUUUUCCGUUCUGCGCAGUUGUCGCGGACAGGGUGCCGCGGCGUUUCUGCGUCUUCACCAAACCAGAUUCUGCCGCCCUUCACGCAAAGUGCGCGGGUUUUCCACCCGAUUUGCGCUCUCAUGCACUCUUCUGCGUCGUUCAUGUGCCCUUCCGACGUGAGUGUCCGGUCAGCUUCCUCAAAUGCCACUUUCCUGCAGCUGCAACCGCCCGUUUCGGUUGCGGGCGGGAUCUCAGGCGUCUCUUGUGUGAUUUCGCGCUUUCCGUCUCGACGGCUGCACUCGAAAACCAGCCGCCGUCCCGCGAAUUUUGGCUGCAGUUUGUCGCCGUGUGCUGCAGCCCAGACGGCCGAAGCGCUUGAAGCACCUGGCUCGGCUUCCUCCCGCUUUUUCUCCUCUUCCGCUGCAGGACCCACUGAGCACGUCAUCAAGGUUCCCUCCCUCGGUGACUCGAUCACCGAGGGAGGCUUGCUUGAGUGGAGAAAGAAGGUGGGCGACUUCGUCCUCGUCGACGAGGUCUUGUGUGUGAUCGAAACUGACAAAGUCACCGUGGAAAUCCACAGCGACUGUUCAGGCAUUUUGCUAGCGCAGGCGGCACAGGAAGGCGACACCGUCCAAGUGGGCAGCCAGCUGGCAGUUCUCGACUACUCAGAUGCCGCGGCCGAGGCGGCUGCGAAUGCAGCGGAAGCAACUGGCAAAGCGGGGGCUGAAGCUUCUCCUGGAGGCCAGUCCGGCGUGAGGUCAGCAGUGGAGAACAACGAAGAAACUGGGCGAGAGGUUUCAAUCGCAGCUGCUGGAUCCAACAGCUCCGCGGUCGGCGCCUCUCCCGUGGCUGCUGCCCACACAACCAGACGUACGCCGCGGAUCGUCUUCAAGUUUGCGGGACGGAAAUGCGGAGAAGAGCCUCUGCGUGAAGUAUCGGAGGCUGUACAGCCCGCUGAGACGUUCGAAGAUCCCCUGCUUGCGCUCUGGGGAGUGCCUAGAUGGCGCCCACUCAGCGAGGCAGAAAUGGAGGCUGUGAAUUUGGGAGGUGCCGGCAGCGAGGCCGACGCCCUGGGGACCUGGUCGCUCUCCCUCAACAUGGAUCCGGUGAAACCCAAGGGAAAGAAGCCGGAGACGGGCAAGAAGAGCAAGUAGUGUUCGAUACGAGCUUCGCCUAGCUUUCAGAAAUGGUGCAUUUGUUGAAGCUUUAGGUUUUAGGUUGCCGUCGUCCCGUGAGUGUUGAGAAAGAACUCUGACGUUGAAAGCAGAUGCAGAGCAGCCACGGCGCAAGGAUGGCACUCUGGACUCGACUGGCACUGCCGCAUCGCCCAGCGCGCGUAGCUGUCUUCAGGAAGUCAGUGGACGGGUGGUGUACAGCAGCUGUAGAGAGAACUCGAGUUUCUGUCUCUGAUUACUGCAAUAUAUCAGUAUUCGAAUGUCCUCUGAUAUCAGCGAAACGAACUGGGAUGUCUGUCUCUCAUAACUGGAGUCACACCAGUAGUCUAAAGAGUACUCGCAUGUCAACUCUGUUCAUUCGGUUGGAGGCAUACAGCUCUAGCAAAAGAGGCGCACCGCACGGAGUGUGCCGGAUGCGGAGAGUGCAUGCGAAGUCGAAGACAGUAGGAGCGAAUGCCAAAGGCGGCAGAGACUCUGGAUAAAGCGAGCAAAGGGGGUACAAAACGACAUGAAAACUGGACUCGACCACUCAGGGCAGCUGCGCUCGACGACACGCUACGCAAGAGGAAGACGUUGAUGCACACCCGCCACGGGAUCUUGCACAGAAUGCAUUGUAGUGUGGACCUUGUGUAACAUUUUCGUUCAAAAGGUAGAGACGUGAUGGGAGAUGGAGUGUGGACAUGGAUUUUCGUGCGUGAAAUUCGAUGUUAACAUGAACAAGUUGAAGCUAUGGAAAUGAUACUACGGGAAUUUCAAAGGCCGCGACGCUGCCUUCAUGGGCGACGAGUCGCGGCGUCAAGAAGACACCAGACAGGCAGUUCAGAUAUCCGUUCCAUUCAAGAACUCGACGCACCUCUUACAACGAGCAAAGUGGAAACAAAAACUGCCGUGCAGAUGGUUUAACCUAACAGCCACAGAAAUGGCCCUCCCAGCCACCCGCACUGAACUGAGAGCGUGGGGAAACGAAAAGGCUUUGUCUUUAAGUAGUGCCCGAUGAAGAGCACUGGAGGUGCUCUCGACAGUGUUCCUUUUCGAGACUGCGAAUUACACAAGCUGAGAGGGGACGUAGUGUUACCAAAGAAUCACACUCGCGCCG